GUCGUCGUCGUCGUCGUCGUGGUCUUCGUGAUCCGUCGGUUGGUUCUUUUUCUAUAUAUUUGUCAGUGUGAAAGUGUAUUUAAUCAGUGUCUUCGCACGGUGGUGCUUGGUUGUGCUACCCAAGUAUUUCGAGGCUAAACGAGCAAGGCCCGCGGAGGUAUCCCAGAGAACCCGCCCCCUCUUCCCCCGGACGUCGCAGUGCCACUCUUCUCUCCAUAUCGUUACGUCGCUACGCUUCUCUUUUAUGUUCUCAGUGGUGACUAUCUGCACUGGAGAGUGUUCGACCUCCUCGACCAUCAAAAUCGGCCGAAACGAAGAGACCAGACUAUGUUAUUUCGGAUAACGGAUUGAUCGCACUCGUCGCUUCAUUCACACGUCGGACAUGAAAAAUCUUGGUUCGCGUUGGACGGUCCCCGACAUAGCACGCACUGCCGCAGCGCGUUCGUCAUUUCUCGUCGCCAUUACGUUGGAACGAGAUUCAGGUAGCAGCAGCAGCAGCAUCAGUAAGAGCAGCAGCAGCAGCAGCAGUAUCCGCAACAGGAACAAAGUUAGAAGUAGCGGUAGCAGCAACGGCAGUAGCAGCAGCGGCAGAAGCGGCAACUGUAGCAUUCGCGCGACGGCGAGGAGCAGAGACAACAGCGGCAGAUCGGCAAUCGACGUGCUGCACGGAGAGCAUUUAUCCGUCCGAUCGUACGUAACGGCGCCGUGUGAUCGCAUCGUCGGCUCGACGCGACUCGCCGAAUCGACGAUUUCGCCCGGAAAUCGGCCGCAAGUAGUCGGGAACAAAUCGCGACACCGGACCCGUCGAAGUCCCCAGAAGCAGCAGCAGCACCAACAACUCCACUACCCCCCCGCAUCGUGGGACACGCGCACACUACACUUCAGGAACUGUUAGCACCGAUCAAAAGAAGGUGGCUCAGCUGUGCGCAGCCUAGACAAUGUCCGAAGAUUCUGACUCUCUAUCAGAGGAAGAAAGAAGUUUGUUCCGUCCGUUCACGCGGGAGUCCCUGGCAGCGAUCGAAGCUCGCAUCGCCGAGGAAGAGGCCAGGCAGAAGGAACUUCAGCAGAGAAGAGAGCAAGGCGAGGAAGGUUUUGGACGGAAGAAAAAGAAAAAAGAAGUACGAUAUGACGACGAGGACGAGGACGAAGGUCCUCAGCCGGAUCCAAUGUUCGAGCAGGGAGCGCCGAUCCCGGUCCGACUGCACAACGAAUUCCCGCCCGAGUUGGCCUCCACACCUCUCGAGGAUAUUGAUACCUUCUACCAUAAUCAAAGGACCUUCGUCGUCAUUAGCAAGGGAAAGGACAUAUUCAGGUUCUCGGCCACGGAUGCGAUGUGGUUGCUCGACCCGUUCAACCCAAUACGACGCGUGGCCAUUUACAUAUUGGUUCACCCGCUCUUUUCCCUCUUCAUCAUCACCACGAUAUUGGUUAACUGUAUACUCAUGAUCAUGCCCACCACGCCUACCGUCGAAUCAACCGAAGUGAUAUUUACGGGCAUCUACACAUUUGAGUCCGCCGUUAAGGUGAUGGCGAGGGGUUUCAUUCUGCAGCCUUUUACCUAUCUUAGAGAUGCAUGGAAUUGGCUCGACUUCGUAGUUAUAGCUUUAGCUUAUGUGACGAUGGGCAUAGAUCUAGGCAACCUUGCCGCUCUCAGGACAUUUCGAGUCCUCCGAGCCUUGAAGACUGUCGCUAUUGUACCAGGUAUGCUUAGAGUAUAG